UGACAGAAUGUCAGAAGAGUUUAAAAAUUUCUGAACGACAAAUUUAACUUUUUUACGAAAAAAAAAACUCAUCCAAAAAGGCAAAAUGGCGUCGUUGUCGAGCCUUUUGCCUGCUCCAACGCAGCAGAUUUGGGACCGUGAUGAUGAGAGGAAGGCGGCCCAGCGAGUGGGAAGCGCCCUUGUGGUCUCUCAGACUAACAUACCGCCGUAUGGCGAGAGAAAAGGAUGGGUACCUCGCAAAGAGGAAGAUUUUGGAGACGGUGGAGCAUUCCCCGAGAUCCAUGUGGCACAGUACCCGCUGGGUAUGGGUGUCCGAGGGGCGGAGAGCACGUCCAAUGCGCUGGCUGUACAGCUUGAUGAGUCCGGCAAGGUUAAAUACAGUGCUAUAGCAAGGCAGGGACAUGGAGCUGACAAGAUAAUCUACUCGAAACUCACCGACCUGCUGCCCUCGGAGGUGUUAGCGGAGGAUGACCCGUCUCUACAGAAGCCCAAUGAAGAGGACAUAAACGAAGUGACAGAGAAGACUCGGCUAGCGCUGGAGAAGCUGACUAAUGCUAAGAUAUCCGCCGCUAUGCCUGUGAAGGCUGUUAGCAAACUUGCCCCGGCCCAGUACAUUCGCUACACGCCAGCCCAGCAAGGAGGCGCUUUCAACUCGGGAGCCAAACAGAGGGUUAUACGUAUGGUGGAAGCCCAAACCGACCCCAUGGAGCCGCCCCGCUUCCAAAUAAACAAGAAAAUUCCCCGCGCGGCCCCUUCCCCCCCCGCCCCCGUGCUGCACUCCCCCCCGCGCCGCGUGUCCGUCAAGCAGCAGCGGGACUGGAAGGUGCCCCCAUGCGUCUCACACUGGAAGAACGCUAAAGGGUACACGAUCCCGCUGGACAAGCGUCUGGCGGCGGACGGGCGAGGCCUGCAACAGGUGCACAUCAAUGAGAAUUUCUCCAAAUUGGCCGAGGCGCUGUAUAUUGCAGACAGGAAAGCCCGAGAGGCCGUCGAAGCGAGAGCCCAGCUGGAGCGAAGACUCGCGCAGAGAGAGAAGGAGAAGAAAGAGGAGCAUCUCAGGAUGUUGGCUCAAAGGGCCAGGGACCAUAGAGCUGGUAUACGAGCUCCGGAAGACGAUUUAGAGCCCGAAGACGAGAACCUGCCGGCGGCGGAGAGAGACAGACUGAGGGCGGAGAGACAUAAGGAGCGACAGAGAGAUCGGAACUUGGCGAGGGCUGCGCCUGAUAAGAGAUCCAAGCUAGCCAAGGACCGCGAGCGCGACAUCUCGGAGCAGAUAGCGCUGGGGCUGCCCGCCAAGGCGGCGCCGGGCUCCGACGCCAUGUUCGACCAGCGCCUGUUCAACAACUCCAAGGGACUCGACAGCGGCUACGGCGACGACGAAGCCUACAACGUAUACUCAGCGCCGUGGCGUAACCAAGAUGGCGUCGGCGCGCACAUCUACCGGCCCACGCGCGCCGCCGACAACGAGCACUACAGCCGGGACAUGCCCAACGCUAAUACUAGACGGUUCGUAGCGGACAAGGAGUUCGCGGGCACGUCGGCGUCCAACUCGCGCGCCGGGCCCGUGCAGUUCGAGAAGGACGCCGGCACCGCCAGGGAUGAGGCGCCUCCGCCGCGCCAGCCCGAGGCGGACUUCGACCCGUUCGGCCUCGACCGCUUCUUGAGCGAGGCCAAGCGAGCGGACAAGAGCAGCCGCAAGCGAGACCACCGCGAGCGCAACGACGACCGCAGCAAGAAGCGACGCGACUAGCACACGACACAUAGAUUCCAACGAUUCAUCGGAUAGACAAGACAGCAAGCUAGAAUGGUGUUCUAGAUAGUAAAUUAAGGUAUACAUAGCAAUGUAAUUAUAAUGUUUUUUUAAGUAAUAAAUAAUUUAGAGUA